CGCUUCAUCCUCACAGCUGUGGGACUCAGAGGUUCUCGGGUCAACAGUGAUUGAACGGAACGUCUUCGUCUCUUUUCCACCUAGAUUUUAUUUUUGUACUCAGGUUUGAUUAGAAAAUCAGCCGAAAUGGAGUCUCAGAUCCGCCAGAACUACCACCGCGACUGCGAGGCCGCCAUCAACAGGAUGGUGAACAUGGAGUUCUACGCCUCCUACACCUACACCUCCAUGGCCUACUACUUCUCUCGGGACGAUGUAGCCCUUGAAGGCUUCGCUCACUUCUUCAAGGAGAACAGCCACGAGGAACGAGAGCACGCUGAGAAGUUUCUGGAAUUCCAGAACAAGAGAGGUGGACGCACUUUCCUCCAGGACAUCAGGAAACCUGAGCGUGAUGAGUGGGGAUCUGGACUGGAGGCCAUGCAGUGCGCUCUGCAGCUGGAGAAGAACGUGAACCAGGCUCUGCUGGACCUGCACAGGAUCGCCACGGAGAAGGGUGACCCUCAUCUGUGUGACUUCCUGGAGUCGAACUACCUGAAUGAGCAGGUGGAGAUGAUCAAGAAGCUGGGUGACUAUAUCACCAACCUCACCAGGAUGGACGCUGGAAACAACAAGAUGGCCGAGUACCUGUUUGACAAGCACACUCUGGGGAGCAAGAGCUAAAUUAGGUCCCAGGCUUCACCCAGAGCUUUACAGGUUGUGGUUAGGACGAUAUGCAUUCACUGGUAUGGGAAUAAUAUUGUGGUAAUAUUCUGUGAGUGGUUCUAUUUUCUGUGGAUGCUGUUCUGUCCUGUAGCUGUUAAUGGUCUCACUGUGGCUCAGUGGAAGAUUCCUGAAUCUGAUGAAUAAACAUUUUGAGCUGGA